AUGAAAAACAACCCUGACUUAGAGAAAGACUAUAUAUUUAAUAGUUUAGUCAAAAGAGACAAACAAGAAAGAAUGCCAGGCUUCAAACUUAAGAAAGGUGACAAAGUAAAAAUAGAAAUACCUAAACGCGACCCAUAUGAAAAUACUAUUGACUAUGACAACAAUGGGAACUCGACAGGUACUCGCAUUCGUGUUCGUAAAAAUAGAAGAAAGUAUACAAGAGAAUAUUAUGAAGUUUUAGGCAAACAUGGCAAAAUGUACAGACUGCAAGCAGAAGAUAAAACUACUAUUGUCAGACCUCGUUUCAAACUUGUUAAGGUUCAAGGUGGUAUACUUUCAAAGACAGUUCCUAACAAAUAUAAGACAACUCCUGACGAAUAUGCUAAAGAAGUGGAACAUGACGACUAA